CGAUCUAUCAGAACCCAUUUGCAGUCGUUCGAGAUUCGUAGACCGAGUCGGUUGCCGAUUAUUCCCAUUGCAGAACAAAAGGCGGAAUCAAAAUGCAAUUAAGAAGUGCUCUGCACAUCGCUCUCUUGAGUCUGGUGGCUCUUCAGCAACUGGACUUGGGUGCCGGUUCGCGCAUCUUGGCAGCCUUCAUUUUCCCUGGGAAGAGCCACUUUAUGAUGACCAAUGCCAUCAUCCGAGAGCUGGUGAAGCAAGGACAUGAAGUUACUUUCAUCACCCCGUUUUCCCUGGCCAAGGAAAAUCUGGGACCUAACUAUAAGGAAAUAAAUAUUGCACAAUACGACUUCUGGCCAGGAAUUAAGAAGAGGACGAAGAGGAACACCGUUCUGGAGAUGACCGAUUUGCCAAACUACGAAUUCCUGCGAAUGGUCAAUGUGAUGGGUGUGGAAAGCACGGACUUUGCCUUCGAGCAGCCAGGAUUGCAGGCUGUGAUCAAUGAGAAGAACAAAAUCGGCAAGUACGAUCUGCUGCUGGCGGAGCAGUUCUUCAACGAGGGAGCCCUGAUCCUGGGACACCUGUACCAGAUUCCCAUCAUAACCGUCUCGACCUUCGGUUAUGCCAACUAUCUAAGCCAGCUGUUUGGUGUAGUGUCUCCCUGGUCGUAUGUCCCGCAUGCCUAUAUGCCCUACACCGACCGCAUGUCGCUAUGGGAACGCAUAGGAAAUGUGGCCAUCAGUGCAGCCGAGGAUCUCAGCAGGGAGUUCUCUUACUAUCCCGGCCAGGAUGCCGUCCUCAGGAAACACUUUUCCAAGCUCCUCGACAGAGUUCCCACUAUAAAGGAACUGGAAAGGAAUAUUUCGGCUAUUCUGUUGAACGCCUACAUGCCGCUAGCUUCAUCCAGACCUAUGGCCUACAACAUGAUCCCCGUGGGCGGCCUGCACAUUCAACCCCCGAAGGCUUUACCAGAGCACCUACAGCAGUUCCUGGAUGGUGCCACCCAUGGAGCUAUUUACUUCAGCUUGGGCUCCCAGGUACGCAGUGCUGAUUUGCCGCCCGAAAAGCUGAAGAUUUUCCUCGACGUCUUUGGAAGUCUGAAACAACGCGUUCUGUGGAAGUUCGAAGACGAGUCUCUGCCCAAUUUGCCGGCCAAUGUGAAGGUUCAAAGUUGGUUACCUCAAGCUGACAUUCUGGCACAUCCCAAUGUGAAGGUUUUCAUUGCUCAUGGUGGACUCUUUGGCACCCAAGAGGCGGUGUACAAUGGCAUACCAAUACUGGGAAUGCCCGUCUACUGUGAUCAGCACCAGAACAUCAAUCAGGGCAAGAAGGCUGGUUAUGCUUUGGGUCUGGAUUACCGGAAAGUCACCGUGGAAGAGUUACGAGGACUGCUGCUAGAACUGAUUGAGAAUCCCAAGUACAGGGAUAACAUUAAGAAGGCGUCGCGGGUGUUCCGUGAUAGGCCCCUUGGCGCCAUGGAUACGGCCAUGUACUGGAUUAACUAUGUGAUCGAGCACCGAGGAGCACCUCAUCUGGUGGCUGCUGGCGUGGAGCUGCCCUGGUACCAGUUCUACCUUCUGGACAUUGUUGCCCUGGCUCUCGCUGUCAUUCUCCUGCCAAUCUUAGCUCUAAUCCUCAUCUGCCGUCGCAGCUCCAAGCCAAAGAGCCCGCCGAAGAAGAAGUCCAAGAAGAAUUAGAACCAAAACUUCAGUUUUAUUUUUGUUAACAAAUGAGGAUACAAUUAUGUUAGAAAGAUUUUUGUAAUAAAUUUUGGAUAAUUUCGUAA